AUGCCCCUUUUUCAGGUCACUGUGAAAUUAUCGAAGGGUGGCGAGGAACAGAUCGUGACACGUAAUAUACUCGUUGCAUCCGGAUCCGAAGUGACGCCCUUCCCCGGCAUACCCAUCGAUGAGGAACAGAUCGUCUCAUCGACGGGCGCGCUAUCCCUGAAGAAAGUGCCAAAGCAAAUGAUAGUCAUUGGAGCGGGUGUUAUUGGCACUGAGCUGGGUAGCGUUUGGCAACGAUUGGGAGCGAAAGUAACUGUUGUUGAAUUUCUUGGGCAUGCCGGCGGCAUGGGUAUCGAUAUGGAAGUUGCAAAGCUUUUUCAGAGAACUCUUGCAAAACAAGGUAUGGUAUUCAUGCUGAAUACAAAAGUGGUGUCCGGAAAAAAAGAGGGUGGCUUGAUAAAGAUCAAUGUUGAAAGCGCAAAAGGCGGAAACCCGAAAACGUUGGAGGCGGACACUGUUCUUGUCGCAAUUGGUCGACGACCUUACACAACGGACCUGGGUAUUGAAAGUGUUGGAAUAAAACUGGACUCGAAGGGAAGGAUUCCUGUGAAUGAGCGUUUUCAAACCUCAGUGCCCUCGAUAUUCGCUAUUGGCGAUGUGAUUGCUGGGCCGAUGCUGGCACACAAGGCCGAAGAUGAGGGUAUUCUUUGUGUUGAGGGUAUCGCUGGUGCGCACAAUCACUUAGAUUACAAUUGCAUACCAUCUGUUAUUUACACUCAUCCAGAAGUUGCUUGGGUUGGCAAAUCCGAGGAGCAACUGAAAAGCGAAAAUGUUCAAUACAAAGUUGGCAAAUUUCCAUUCACUGCGAAUUCACGAGCCAAAACAAACAAUGAUGUGGAGGGAUUUGUGAAGAUUUUGGGCGACAAGCAAACCGAUCGAAUGCUUGGCGCACACAUUAUUGGACCAAACGCUGGAGAAAUGAUUGCCGAAGCGACGCUGGCUUUGGAGUACGGCGCUUCAUGUGAAGAUGUCGCGCGAGUUUGUCACCCUCAUCCCACUCUAUCGGAAGCUUUCCGCGAAGCCAAUCUACAAGCAUUUUGCGGAAAAGCUAUCAAUAAUGUUUGA